CCAAUGCGAGAGCAGAGUUAAGGGAAGGAGGGAGAUACGGAGCGGAAAGAAAGGGAAGAGUUGAGUGAGAGAGGAGGAGGAGGAGAGAAAGAGCGAGGGGGGAGGAGAGCUCCGUCUCUCCCGGUGCACUUGGCAGUCUAGUUGCGGGCUGCUGUGCUGUUGCUGUCGUGGCGUGGCUGGUCGCGCCGGGCGGGGAACUUCACCACACUGGAGCCCGGAGUCCAACUCUCUCACCUGCGCAGUUCGGAGCUGCCAUGGGUCUCUCGCCAGGAUUUACUGUCCUAAUUAUUCUGCCGGCCUUCCUGCUGCACACCAGCGGCCUUUACAUCGCCAGUAGCGUUAACUCCCUGCAGCACAUCCUGGGGGAGUAUGGACUGGUUAGGCCGAUCAGUGUGGACGCAGAAGGCCGAUUUCUGUCACACGCUGUCUCGGCUGGCUGGGUGGCAGAAGGGCAGUCCCGUAGGCGCCGGAAGAGGGAGGUAGGAGAAGGGAUUGAUGAGUGGGAAGGAGCAACAAGAGCCGAGGAGAACCGAGAGCACCCAGCUCAUCAGGAAAGGCUUUACUACAAUGUCACCGUCUUCGGCCGGGACUUCCACCUGCGCCUGCGCCACAACGCCAGGCUGGUGGCCCCCGGAGCCAAGAUAGAGUGGCACGAUGACAGUGACAGCAUCCGGUACUUUGAGCCACUGCAUGAUGAGUGCCUGUAUGUGGGAGACAUCACGGACAUACCAGGAGCCACUGUGGCGAUCAGCAACUGUGAUGGGCUGGCUGGGAUGAUCAGGACAGAACAGGAGGAGUUUUUCAUUGAGCCGGUGGAGAGAGGAAAUGGAGUGAUAGAAAAAGAGGAGGAAGCAGGAGAAGGCAGGACACACAUCAUCUAUCGCUCGUCAGCUGUUAAGAAGGUGCCCAACAGCAGCACAACGCCAGACUAUCACUCCAAAGGUGCAGAUCUGGGCGGCCUGAUGGACCUGGAGUCUCUGUACCGCGGCGUGGAGCAGAGCAUCAACAACACACGGGCAGGACGGGUGCGCAGGCAGAGUCUGGACCGGGCCUACAACAUCGAGGUGCUGCUGGGCGUGGAUGACUCUGUGGUCCAGUUUCACGGGAAGGAGCACGUGCAAAACUACCUUCUCACACUCAUGAACAUUGUGAAUGAGAUCUACCACGAUGACUCUUUGGGAGCAAAAAUCAACGUGGUUCUGGUGCGGAUGAUCAUGCUGGGAUACGGCAAGUCCAUGAGUCUGAUUGAACUCGGGAACCCAUCUCAGAGUCUGGAGAAUGUGUGUCGAUGGGCCUUUCUGCAGCAGAAGCAGGACACAGGGGACGCCGAGUAUCAUGAUCAUGCCAUUUUCCUCACACGCCAAGAAUUCGGCCCCACUGGCAUGCAGGGUUAUGCUCCAGUGACGGGGAUGUGCCAUCCUGUGAGGAGCUGCACUUUGAACCAUGAAGAUGGUUUCUCCUCUGCCUUUGUGGUGGCACAUGAAACUGGACACGUGCUGGGGAUGGAGCACGACGGUCAGGGAAACCGCUGUGGAGACGAGGUGCCCAUGGGCAGCAUCAUGGCUCCGCUGGUGCAAGCUGCCUUCCACCGCUUCCAGUGGUCCAGAUGUAGCAUGCAGGAGCUGGGACGCUACCUUCAUUCUUAUGACUGUCUCCGGGAUGACCCAUUUGACCACAACUGGCCGUCGUUGCCUCAGCUUCCUGGUUUGCACUACUCCAUGAAUGAACAGUGUCGCUUUGACUUCGGCACAGGCUACACGAUGUGUACCGCGCUACAAAAGGCGGGCCAGUCUGGAGCACAGUAUCGCACGUUUGAUCCCUGCAAGCAGCUGUGGUGUAGUCACCCAGACAAUCCCUUCUUCUGCAAGACCAAGAAGGGUCCACCCAUCGAUGGAACCAUGUGUGGGGAUGGAAAGCACUGCUUUAGGGGUCACUGCAUCUGGUUGACUCCUGACAUCAUAAAGCAGGAUGGAAACUGGGGCUCAUGGAGCGAGUAUGGACAGUGUUCCCGCACCUGUGGAGGAGGAGUUCAGUUCCGCACAAGAAGCUGCGACAAUCCAAGUCCAGCCAACGGAGGCCGGACUUGCAUAGGGGCAACACAACAGUUCCAGAUGUGCAACACUAAUGAGUGUGAAGACAUCUACAGCGACCCAAGAGAGGAGAAGUGCCAUGCCUUGGACCACAGCAACAAACACCACUGGAUGCCUUAUGAAGACCCAGACCCUAAAAAACGCUGCCACCUGUACUGUCAGUUCAAGGAGACCAGAAAAGUCAUCCUCGUGGAGGAAGUCGUCCUGGAUGGGACUCGCUGCUCAUACAAGGACCCACACAGCGUGUGUGUGCGUGGGUCGUGCGAGAAAGCUGGCUGUGACAAAGUGAUUGGCUCCUCAAAGCAGGAGGACGAGUGUGGAGUGUGUGGAGGCGACAACUCUAGCUGCGAAACCUCCAAUGGCACAAUAACACUGCCAGCAGAGAAGCAGGGUUUCCUCAAUGUUCUUGGAAUCCCACGAGGAGCAAGACACUUACUCAUUCAGGAGCUGAAAGCCACACCACACACUCUUGCUGUUAUAAAUGUGGCAUCGGGACAGUUCUUCCUAAAUGGAGGAGAUGAAUACCCAGAAACCCACUCAGUCAUAGAGAAGGGGAUAAAGUGGGAAUAUGAGAACGACAAUGAAAAGGAAACCCUUCAGAGCGCGGGGCCCCUCAGACAUGAAAUUCUAAUAAUGAUGAAACUUCACGGAGAUGAGGAUGUACAUUUGUCCUAUAAGUACUUGAUGAAUAGGAACGACUUUGCUAUUCAGAGCAACAAGCUGGUAGAGGACAGCGCCUACGAGUGGGCCUAUGAAAGAUUGUCUGACUGCUCUAAGACUUGUGGUGGAGGAAAGCAGUACCAGCGAUACGGCUGCAGAAGAAAGGUUGACCGCCUGAUGGUUUCCAAAAAAUUCUGCAAAAAGUACAAUAAGAAGCCAAGGGGGGGCACUCAGUACUGUAACCAGAAGCCCUGCCCUCCACCCAUAUGGGUGGCAGGGGAGUGGCAGAACUGCAGUAUGCCCUGUGGAAAGGCAGGGUCACAGGUCCGCUCCGUUAGCUGUGUUCAGCCGUUAGAGGACAACACAACACGCCUCAUUCACAAUAAAUACUGCAGCGACGAUCGUCCAGAGUCCCGCAGACAGUGCAACCGCUUCCCCUGCUCAACGCAGUGGAGAGUUGGGCCCUGGUCACAGUGCUCGGUGACAUGUGGCAAUGGGACCCAGCAGAGACAGGCUCUGUGCCGCACCAGGAACAACACCAUCGGCCUGUGUCUGGACAGCAAGCCUGAAACCAUAAGAGUCUGUCGCCUGGAACCAUGUCCCAAGGGCCGAUCCGACCUCAACAAAAAUGGCAACAUUCUGAUCCAGUGGCUUUCUCGUCCUGACCCCAACUACCCCAGGAUCUCCUCACGUCUGCGUUGCCGUGGAGACCGCUCUGUGUUUUGCCGCAUGGAAACGCUGAAGCGCUACUGCUCUCUGCCGGAUUACUGGCGCAUAUGCUGCAAGACCUGCAGCAACAUCACUAGUGCAGAAGCUGUGCCCAGCUCUACUUCUAGAUCCACCCUCAUCACUUCUGUUACAGCUCACACAUCCAGCAACAUACCUAGCUCUGGAUUCUCCACCUCCCAACAAAUUAAAGUUGGCAUUACUACCAAUCCAGCUUCUACCACUGAUUCGGUGUCUACCACUGGUUCAUGGACUACUACUUACCUCCCAACUACUGCACAAAGUCUAUUUUCCAGUCAAACUCCAUUGAGAACCACCCAAAAAACAAGCACAGCACAAAUGAUCUCCAAUCACCUACAACUUACAACUAUUACAUCUUCCCUUCCAACAACUUUUCCUAACUUCAUCACCACAUUUUCCAACAUCUUUCCUACUGAAGAGAGCACAUAUCCACAGUUUCAGAGCACUACAACUACUCCAACCGCAGGGACAGUAACUACCACAGACCUUACAUUAAACUUCAGUCCAGUAAAAACAAAUCCAACAGAAAGUAAUACAAAAACACCCAUCUUGCUAACAUCCAGUUCUAACAAGGAAAGUAAACCAAAAGCCAAGAAAAAGGUGAUUCUAAAAAAGGUUAGUCAACCAAAAAAGGAAAAACCAAAAACUAUAAAAAACUAUGUUCCACCAAAGAAAAUUAUCAAAACUAAAACAAACACUAGUCCAAAGAUUGGUACUCCCAAAAAGUUUGAUCCACCAAACGUUAAUCCCAAAAAGACAAAUUCAUCUAUCAAUAGUCCCAAAAAGGUGAAUCAGCCAUAUAUUGGUUCCAAAAAGACAAACUCGUCAAUCACUAGUCCUAAAAAGUUUGAUCCACCAUACAUUGGUCCAAAAAAGAUUAAUUUGUCAAACACCAGCCACAAAAGCAUUACUCCACCAUACAUUGAUCCCAAAAAGACAAAUUUGUCUAUCACUAGUCCCAAAAAGUUUAACCUGCUCAACCUUGGUCCAAAAACGACUAACUCAUCAAUCACUAGCCCCAAAAAGUUCUAUUCGCCAUAUAUUGGUCCCAAAAAGACUAAUUUGUCAAUUACUAGUCCCAAAAAGUUUGAUCCGCCAAAUGUUGGUCCCAAAAAGACAAACUUAUCAGUCACUAGUCCCAAAAAGUUUGAUCCGUCAAAUGUUGGUCCCAAAAAGACAAACUCAUCAGUCACUAGUCCCAAAAAGUUUGAUCCGCCAAGUGUUGGUCCCAAAAAGACAAACUCAUCGGUCACUAGUCCCAAAAAGUUUGAUCCGCCAAAUGUUGGUCCCAAAAAGACCAACUCAUCGGUCACUAGUCCCAAAAAGUUUGAUCCGCCAAAUGUUGGUCCCAAAAAGACAAACUCAUCAGUCACUAGUCCCAAAAAGUUUGAUCCGCCAAAAGUUGGUCCCAAAAAGACUAAUUCCUCAAUCUCUAGUCCCAAAAAGAUUGAUCCGCCAAACGUUGGUCCCAAAAAGACAAAUUCCUCAAUCUCUACUCCCAAAAAGUUUGAUCCACCAAAUGUUGGCCCUAAAAAUACAAAUUUGUCAGUCACUAGUCCCAAAAAGUUUUAUCCACCAUAUGUUAGUCCCAAAAAGAUUAAUUCAUCGAACGCUACUCCCAAAAAACCAUACACUGGUCCCCAAAAGACUACUCCACCAAAAACUAGUACUAAAAAGUCUACUCUACCAAAUAUCCCAGCAAAAAAAAUUACACUAGCAAACAGUAGUCCCAAGAAAGCAUCAAAUUGUACUUCUAAAAACAUUAUUAAAGCAAACCCAUCUGCCAAAAAUAUUACUUCAUCAAGUUUGACUUCAAAAACGACCACUUCUGCGGAGACCUCUACAGGGAAAGUAAACAAAAAGAAGGCUCCAGUGAACACCAAUCCCAAAAGAAACACAGAACAAAAGACAAAAUCCUCUAAACAAACUCAAACAAAACCAAACCUUCAAAAAAUAUUUAAACCAGCACCCAAAAGUUCCAGUAAGUCACAGACUAAGAUCAAACAAGACAGAAUCAAUUCCAAACAGACAUCACAAAUUCAUACCAUAACCCCUAACCCUUCUUCAAAUCAAAAUUCAUCACUAGAAGAAGUUAUUUCUAAUAUUCCUUCCAGUGGCCAUAGUACUGUGGCAAUCUGGCCCUUCCCUGAGUCAAGAAUCAGUCCUACACCCAUCAGUAGGGAGGUAGUUACUACAGAUAUAUCUCCAUUGUUGCACCAUGAUAACACACACACAGAAGCCCCGAUACCCAUCCCUUAUACUGAUUUUGUCACACCUACAGGAAACAUUAAUACUGAGGGUAUUACAAUGACAAACAGUGGUGAUGCUACAGACACCAGUGGGACCCAUCCAAGUGGUGAUGACAAAGAGUCCUACAGCAGUUUUGUAGUAAAUGGGGACACUAUUGUGCUGGAGGAUGGCUUCUCCAUGGUCAUCCCAACCAUAGAUGGAGACGAUAUGACCGAGAUAGUCUCUUCACCCUGGCUGGAUUUGUCUGAGUAUAUCCCUGUGAACAUCCCAAUUUCUACAACAACCCCAGACCCAGCUGCCACAUCACUUCCCACUGUGAUCACUCAUAGCAAAGGAGAACCAACGACUGUAGUCUCAACAACAGCCUCUACCUUAAAGACACAACAAAGAACUAUGAACAAUGAAAACAAUGCUGUUGAUUUUUUUGAAAACAAACUAAGCAGUGUAGAUGGUGAUGUCUCUCAGAAUAACUUGAUACCAAAGCGUCGAAUCAACCUCAGAGAAAGAACCAGGAACAAACGUAUUCAGGAGGUUCUGGAGGAAAAACGAAAUUUUCUCCUACGGAUGAAAAGAGGUCAGAGUGUUCAUUAGAACAAGCUUUUCCAUUUCUCUCAUAGAGAUGAACCUUUUAAAGCACAUCCUCAGUGCCACCGUUUGAUGUAAGGCUUUCCUUGAAAAAAAUGUUCAUCAAAUCCGGACUACUGGUGGGAACAAAGGUCAAUAUUCUGAACAGAGGAGAAACUCUUGAGUGACCAAAUACUGAGGAUUCUUUUGUAAACAGUGAUAAGAAACGACGAGGCAUGUUCACCAUAUCUUUUUCCAUCCUAAUCUUUCUUGUCAAAGAAGUCUGUCAUAAAAAAUUAUGUGCAAAAGUGUUACCUAUAAAUGUGGUCUUUAUGUCUCCUGGCAUUAUAAGGUCUCGGAAAGUUUGGAGAAACAGGUCAAGUGUUAUGUUUACUGGGACAGAGUCAAAUGAUCACCUACCAACAAUUAGUUUCUUCUGCCCAUGUUUUACUACUGCCAAGGACUGCAGCUACCCCCUCACACGGACACCUCACUUCCCUAAUGACGUCUGUUUGCGUUUGACGUGUUUAACACUGAAUACUGUUCAUCAAGUCAAUAUGAGUUCUCAUGAAUCCUAAAAGCUGGUAAAUGACCAGAAAUUGACUGAUUAAAAGUUUACUUUUGGUUUUAUAGUAUUUCAAAAGUUGACACUGGUUGGAUUGUGUUGUCCUUUCCAAAGUAGAGAUUCUCUGAAAGACUUCUAAUCUCUCAGGUGUUUUCAGUGUUAAAAUUUGAUAAGAGGCUUCUAGAAAAAAUGUGGUUCUUUAAUUACAAAUUAAAGCCUCCUUAAUAAGUCAGGUAGAAAUCAGACAAAGCAGUUGUUGUAUUAUUUUCCUAUUAAACAACUAGCCAAUUACAGUGCUUUUUUAUGUCUCUGUUGCUGAAAGCAAUGUCUGUCAUACAGCUAUUUAUGCAGGGGAAGUAGAAAAAAUUUAAAACAAGCCCUAAAACAACGUCCUUCCAACUACAGCUUUGAGGAUCAGGUAAAUUUUUUUAUUCUCUAAUAGUAUAUAUUGUUUGUACAUCUUUAGACUUGCUGCAACCGCAAAGCCACCUUUAUUUCUGUGCAGUAUAUGUACAUAUAAAAUAGAACUUAAUGUUUAGUAUUUAUUAAAGUUUAAGCAAUAUUUUGCAAUGAAUAA